AUGACGUCCGAGUCCCCAAGCCCGAAGCCGCCCCGCGGCAACACCCGCCCGAAGUUCGUUGAAGAUGCGGAAGCUAUCCGUGACAUGGAGGCUUUAGCUAUUAGCUACAUCUUGCCCGAGGCGAAAAACGACCCCGAUUUAUACCAACGAGUCAUCGAUAAACUGCACAAAACCGGUGUCGGGCGGUGUGUGACCUGGUCUCAAUACCACUGUUCGCACCAUUUCGGCUCCUGGGCCAUUGUGGCGAGCGAUGAGGAGCGGCCAUCUCUCGAGUUUUUCCUAACUGCUCUUGCCGCUCACCAGGCUCUCUCGCGCACCAGUAACGACAAGUUUACGAAUGAGGUCAGGAGACGUGGGUUGAUUCUCUGGGCACGAAAGAAGCUACAAAAAGCCCUCGCGGCCGUCAAGAAGGAGAAACAUCGCGCCAAUCGAUCUCCUGAAGAGUCUCCGACUGAUGGUUCUUCGGAAAAUGGUUCUGAUGAGGCACACCCGUCAAUUGAGCAAAGCAAGAGACAAGGCAAGCAAGGCGGUAAACGGUCCAGCAAACACUCCGCCACGCCUCCUUCGCUCGAAGGCAGCCCGCAGCCGGCUUCACCAUUUCCUCCCGCCCCAUCUCUGAAGAGGAAGAGGACUGCUUACUUUGAGCCACAUGCUGGUCGAACGCAGAAGGCGGUCAACUCUGACCACGAGCCCCAUCAUGCGCCGGUGCCGACAAGCAAUGCAGCAACGCAGACGGACAACAUUGACGAGAUUGCCAACGGGCGCAUGGAAGACAUUGUUAACAGAGCCGUCGAAAAGGUAGCUGAUGCGAUGAAAAAGUCCUUCGGAGAGGCCUUGACCCAACAGACUGGGACCCUGACCGAGUUCCUCCCUAUGGCAGUGAGGCAAGCAUUCCGCCAAGAUGUUGCCGACGAGGUUGCCCGCCACCAGCCCCGGGCCAUGCGACCAGCGGAACCGGAGAUGGCACUCGCACGACCGGCCUACUCGACUUACCCUCCUUCUCGCGCGCAACCCCAAGUAUACGACAUGGGGGACUACCAGUAUGAGGAUGUUCGGACGGUGGGCGGGCGGGGCAGAGGGUUGACGACCAUUGCGGCGGCGGACCUGGAUCGACUGGUGGGCUUGGAAGCGUACCGCGUCACCAGAGGGCCAGAGCAGCGCCGGCUCUGA